CCGCGCAGCAUCGACUCCGAUCAAUUUGCCUGUUCGAAAUUCGAAAUUUGAAGGGUUUCGAGUUCAGUAUCUUUCUGUGAUAGCGGCAAAGACAAGUCCGCGAACCCCCGGGAAAACGCGGGAACGGCGCAGCAAGGGCUGCCUUGCUCCCGGCGCGCAUCUAAGAGACGAGGUUCACUCAAACAACUCCCUCGUUUUUAGACUUGCCAAAAGGCACAGGCACAAUGCCAACCCAAACGUUCCAGGCUUCCUCUGUGGAGGCCAAUUUCGGCUGUCGCAGUCGUUCCCUACAGCCCCGUAUAGCCGGGGCCCUGCUGCUGUACACGGCAUGUUCUGUCGUGGUCGUUCUGUCGCUUGCUUCUGCCGACGUUGUCUCAGCCGCAGCGGAGAACGACGAGGCAGUUCUCAGACAGUUCCCAAAAGCCUGGGGGAAGCAGGCCGUGGAAAACUACGAAAAUGAAACAGCCGGCCUCGCUCCUGCGGCAACGUCUGACCUCUCGGCCGACCCCCCCGAGGCAGGUGAGGAUGGGGUUUUUUUGGGUUCUCGUUUGUGGCAGUCUUCCUCGGACUACUACAAGGCGCUGGUCGAUCGGCUUCCGGAAAUGAACGCUCUUAUGACUUCUGCAUCUGAAUUCCUUGCCGCUUCUCAAGCGCGCCUGUCCACCGCUUGGACGGAGUCUCGCGAGAAGCUGUCUUCGGCGUUCACGCAGACGCGCGAGAAACUGAGUUCGUUGUCAAAACUCCUCCCGAAAAGAGCGGACUGUGAACCUCUGGCUUUCACCCCCGUGACUGCAAAGGAGACAAACGCAGCUUUGCUGGCGGGGACUGUCCCGGCGGAGUUGACGCCUGUCUUCUCCCGCGACGUAGUGCUGAGGAACCGGUUGCAGUUGGCAGGCAUUCCUGUUCUUUCUCGAAUUUUAGAGGUGAUACUUGGUCAGGGGACGGUCAGUCUUCAGCGCCAUCGUGGAUGCGCGGCACCCGCCGAACUGGCUGUGUCCCGUGCUAUCCGCGCUAUACAAACGAUGUCUUCGGGUCAGCUCUCCCAGAUCGAGGCCAAGUACGAGAGCGUUCUCUGCCGGUUCGGCGUCCACCGAGGACAGCUGCCACGAGGGUUGCAGAUCGCUGUCGGCGACUCUUUUGCGAGUGACGAACCGGACGCCUACGCCCCUGUCUACGCUCUGCCCGCGCAGGGAGUGAGGCGGGUCGAUUCAGGGAUUUAUGAAGAAGAGAGCAACGAUGCUCUCUAG